AUGAUAGAAAAUGAUUAUUUACAUAAUCAUAAAGAAUUUCACCAACCUUCAGACAGUUCUCCAGCCUCUUAUGAUAAUAAAACCCAUGUAUCUGAAAUAUAUAAAAAUAAUGUUGAACUCGCUCCAUCAGAUAAUCCGACAACUUCAACUUAUUUCGCAUCUAUAUUGCGUGAGUACACUAGAAAAAAUCCACCUAAAGAACAAUUUGAGCGAUCUUUUAAAUUUCAUCCUGGCUCUGGUGAUUAUGCUCCAGACGCUUCUUCAUCAAAAACGAUUAGUUCAACAGCAAAAAAUACAGUUAGUACUCAACAACAGUCCCGACCAGUUAAUCUCAAAGCUAUUUCCUCCACGUUCAGUACAAACAGUCAGCAACAACCCUAUCGUUUACAGGCCCAAACUUCAUCGGUCUCAGGGUCUUAUAAAACAACUUCAACAUCAACAAGUAAUUACGAUACUCCAUCAGCUACAAUUUUCAGUAAACACAGUAAUUCUUGUUCAACAAUCUAUGUCGACGAUUCUACUGUCUCACAACCAAAUUGGAAAGCAAUGAUUAAAUGUGUAUCAUUGGCUAUUCACAGUCAUAUAUACUCGAGAAAAGGAAAUAAAACAAUGGAAAUAUUCGACGAAAAAUUGCAUCCACUAACGGUAAGGAGAAGAGAUCCUGUACCAGAUGAUUAUGAUGAAUUGGUUCCAGAACACAAAGUCAUUUAUCGAUUUUUAAGAAUUCUAUUUACAGCAGCACAAUUAACAGCAGAAUGUGCUAUUGUCACAUUGGUUUAUCUUGAGCGUGUAUUGAGUUAUGGUGAAUUGGAUUUAUGUCCAGCUAAUUGGAAACGACUUGUUUUAGGAGCUGUAAUGUUGGCAUCAAAAGUGUGGGAUGAUCAAGCUGUAUGGAAUGUUGAUUUUUGUCAAAUAUUAAAAGAUAUUACUGUACAUGAAAUGAAUGAAUUGGAACGUGAAUAUGUUCAAUUAUUACAGUUUAAUGUUAACGUUGGUUCAUCCAUUUAUGCUAAAUAUUAUUUUGAUUUAAGACAAUUGGCGAAAGAAAGCAAAAUUUCAUUUCCAGAUGAAUUAUUAACGAAAGAAAAAGCAAUUAAACUUGAAGCAGCCUCUAUGAUUGGUAAUCGUUUGAAUCACACGUCGGCGAAUGUGUCUGGUAGUGGUAGCACAAAUAAUAAUAGUGGUAGUGGAACUGGCGGUCAGUUAUCAGUAUUACGUCGUUCAGCAAGCGUCGAAUUUAUGCACUCACCAAGAAAAAGUUUAUUAAUUAUAUCAUAA